AUGUCGACAACGGAAUUCCGCCAGGCUUUCAUGGAAGCUGGAAUUGUUCCAGAUGUCAUGGGAUCUUUUGAUCCCAUGGUGUCUUUCUACGCCGGAUAUCGGGCCGGCGAUGGCGACAAAGCUCUCAUGAUGCCGGGCUCCAGGCUCAAAAUGAAGGAGACCAAGUUCCCAUUCGAGUUCAGCGUCGAAAACAUCAUGAACGCUCGAAACGUCACUCGAAACUCCAGGUUUAUCGUUUAUAUGAUCGGACCGGACUCCCCAACACGGGAGCAGCCAACCGAGCGAAACGUGAGGCACUAUCUCGCUGGCAACUUGACAGUGGAACAAACGAAGUCGGAGGUCCUCUCAUCAGCAAUCAUAAUGAAAAACUCAACACCCGCUUUCAACGACUACAUGGCACCAGAGCCAAAGUCGGGAAGCGGCAUGCACAGAUAUGUGUAUCUGCUCUAUGUCCAGCCUGAGAAACUAAAUAAGAUGGACUUCGAGGCAGUGGGUGUUGAUAAGAUGAACCGUACAAACUUUAACAUUUCCCAAUUCCGGAAACAGGCUGGCUUAGGCAGGCCAAUUGGUGGCACCUACUUCAUGUUGAACAUGGCCCAGGACAGCAACGGAGGCAAAGGCGGAGGCAACAAUGGCGGCGGUAACGGCGGAAAUAAUGGAAAUGGGCGGAGUACUGCCUCUAUUGCGACUGCAGGAUCCAUCGUCAUGUUCAUCACGCUGCUGGCGACCAUGUUUGUGUGGAUGUGA